GAAGAAGGGAAGGUAAAGAUCAAGGCGGUGUUGCUUCAUCUCUUUUAUUCUAGAAACAAAAGAAAAACAAGGGAAAACAAGAUUUUGCAGAGUAUUUGGCAUUUGGGUCCUUGUUGUUUGAUUCAAACCAGCCGUCUUCUUUCAAGAUAUAUAAAGGGUUUGUAUAGUGAUUAGUCAAGUUUUCAAUCUUUUUUGGGUUCUUCAAGAGACAGAGAAUUAAGAAGUGGAAGAGAAAAUAUGGAGUGGCAUGCUUGUCUUGAUGAAUAUGAGAAGCUUGUGAUAAGGAUGAGUACUCCCAGAGUGGUCAUUGACAAUGCCGUUUGCCCCACUGCAACUCUUGUCAAGGUUGACAGUGCUAGAAGACACGGGAUUUUGCUAGACGCUGUUCAAGUUUUAACAGAUCUGAACCUUUCAAUUAAGAAGGCUUACAUUUCAUCUGAUGGCCAAUGGUUCAUGGAUGUUUUCCAUGUGACUGAUUUAAACGGAAACAAAUUAACUGACGAAAGCGUUAUUAGUUACAUCGAGCAGUCCCUUGAGACCACUGAUCCUGAUAGAAGCCAUGGGUUUGAUGGUUUAACAGCAUUGGAAUUGACUGGAACCGAUAGAGUUGGUCUUUUAUCGGAAGUAUUUGCAGUUUUAGCUGAUCUACAAUGCAAUGUGGUCGAUGCUAAAGUAUGGACUCACAAUGGUCGAAUCGCUUCUUUGAUUUAUGUGAAAGAUUGCAAUUCAGGGUCUCCAAUCGAGGACUCGCAACAGAUUGACAGAAUUGAAGCACGUUUAAGGAAUGUUUUGAAAGGUGACAAUGAUAUUCGUAGCGCAAAGACUUCAGUUUCUAUGGCUGUAACCCACACCGAAAGAAGGUUACAUCAAAUGAUGUUUGCAGAUCGUGACUAUGAUAGAAAGCCUAUUUUGCAACAUAAGGUAGAUUUACCUGUGGUCACCGUGCAAAAUUGGGUCGAAAGGGGUUAUUCGGUUGUGAAUGUUCAGUGCAAGGAUCGAACCAAGCUUCUCUUUGAUGUUGUUUGCACAUUAACAGAUAUGCAGUAUGUUGUGUUUCAUGCAACUAUCAACACAACUGGGGAUAAAGCAUAUCAGGAAUUCUAUAUUAGGCACUCGGACGGAACCCCAAUUAGCUCAGAACCUGAAAGACAACGCGUAAUCCAAUGCUUGCAAGCUGCAGUUGAAAGGAGAGCAUAUGAGGGUGUAAGGCUGGAGUUAUGCACAGUAGAUAGGCAGGCUCUAUUAGCAGAUGUGACCCGAACGUUUAGAGAGAACGGUCUUAACGUAACAAGAGCCGAAAUAUCAACCACGAGGGACAUGGCUCUAAACGUUUUCUACGUAACGGAUGCAAUCGGGAACCUAGCGGAUCCCAAAACCAUUGAAGCCGUAAGACAAAAGAUAGGUUUGGGGAAGUUAAAGGUAAAGGAAUUGCCAUUGGUAUAUCAAGAAAAGGUGGAAAGGGAAGAGCAAGCAGUAGGGGUUGGUGGGACAGUGUUGUUAUCACUUGGGAGCAUAGUGAGAAGGAAUCUCUACAAUUUGGGGUUGAUUAAAUCUUACUCUUGAAUUGUAUUUUGAGAGAUUCAAAGGUAUAUUUGGUUGGCAAAUUGGCAUUAUUCUUUGCUUUCAGGUUUUGAUUUGGCCUUUGUGUACAGAUGAAAAAGAAAAAGGGUGGAAUUUGGUGAUAGUUGUUGUUGUUAUAGUUGGGGGGGUUUGAAUAGACAUGAUCACAUUGUGGAAGAUUGAGAGGCAGGCAAUGCUUUGUUUGGGAGGGAAGAAUUUGAAUGGAAAGUGAAUGAAAAGAAAAAAAAGAAAAACAUGAGAAAAGUUGAAAAAGAUGGGGGGGGGUUGUGAAUUUAUUGCUGGCAGAGAGAAAAAGAUGAAUAUUAGGUAGAACAAGAAAUAUAUAUAUGGUUUAUUAUACAAAAAACAUUUGUACAUAUAUCUACUAUUAGGUAUUAAUUAAUUAAAAUGGUUGACUUGAUUAUUUUUU